AGGCAGCAUGAGCAACAGCAACAGGAGAACGGCGAGCAGAAGCAGGGGGAGGAGCCUGCGCAGCAACAGGAGCCAAAGCAGGAGCCAAAAGAGAACUUGCAGCAGCAGGGGCAGCACUGGAAGGGAGGUGAGCGGCACCAAGAGGAGCAGCACCUGGAGGCGCAAUCGCCGCCGGCGCAGCAGCAGGCGCAGCAGCAGGCGCAGCAGCAGGCGCAGCAGCAGGCGCAGCAGGCGCAGCAGCAGCAGCAUCAUCAUCAUCAUCAUCAUCAGCAGCAGCAGCAGCAGCAGCAGCAGCAGCAGCAGCAGGAGCUCCAAGAUGAGCAUGUGCUGCUGGGAAGCGGAGGCGCUUGGAUGGUAGUGCCUGGCUGGAUGCUGGAAGGCAGCAGACGGGAGCGCCAUGGGCAACGCAGAAACAGGGCAGUAGCGGUUCUGGGACUCUGGACCAGCCCAGCGUCCUGCGAGCGGAGGCAGCUGCAGCGGCCCACCUGGCGAACUGGGGCCCACCUGUACUGGGGAUACACCCAAGUUGCAUCAGUCCCUCCCAUGGGCAGCACCCCACAGCAGGCGCCCGUGUCACUGGGGUGCCGCCGCCACGGGUGCCCGAUCGAUGGCGGCGAGGGCGAGGGCAGCCGCACAGCAGCAGCGCACCCGGUUGCUGGGCCGCCGCGGGAUGUCGGGUUGCCGCAUGACAGCGAGUUGGAUGAUGCCAUCGACUGA